AUUAACAAACCAUUCGUUAGUUCACUACUGCUUUAGUUUCCGGUUCUGACUAGUUUCAACUACUACGAAUCAAACAUUUAAACAAUGUCCUACAAUAAUUCUGGUCCUCAGGGUUAUAGGGAAUUUGAUCCCGAAUCAGGCGACGGACUUGGAAGAAAGAAGUCCCUUAUCAGACCUGAAAGAACACGUAUUAACCAAAACCACCCUCGAUAUCAUUACACCCAGGUCACCAAUCAAGAGUCCCAUCAUAUCAAAGUAUUACCUUCUUCUACCGGUUUGGACCCUAUAAUUUCCAAUGAGGUAAGUCGGUCUAGAUCUCUCAGACAACAACAACUGGUUCGCGAGGAUGAGGAUGAAGGCAUACCUCUUAUGGAUAUCCAUAAUGCUUCUCCUGAUGUGAGCGCUGGCACUCCAGUGCCCAGUCAACGAGAACGAGAAUCUUCAACCACUCGUACCACAAGUAACGAUGACUUGAAAGGUGGGCGCGAAGUGUAUGGUUUGAAUGAUGAAUUUAAAGGCAAACACAAAAACAACGUUAUUGUUUCUUCGAAAAAAUUAGCUACCGAUGAUGACGAUUCCAACGCCAAAAAGAGCAAUAUUUACUUUUGGAAGGUUUAUUGUUAUGCUAUUACCUUUUGGGCUCCUCCUCCAUUGAUGAGGCUCUUUGGGUUAAAAACAAAAGAACGUCAGUUUGCUUGGAGAGAAAAAAUGGGAUUGAUUUCCUGUAUCAUUUAUGUUGGUGCUUUUGUUGCUUACUUAACUUUUGGUUUCACCAGAACUGUAUGUUCUGGUCAACAAGUUAGAACUAGAAUUAAUGAGGUUAGUUCUGGUUCUUUAAUUAUCAAUGGUAGAUCCUUUGAUUUGACCCAUUCUAGACAUCCUCCUGCUGCCAAUAUACCUGCUGGGUCGAAUAUUUUGUACCCACCAACUAAUGCUGGUGGUAUGGAUGCGUCUAUGCUUUUCCAAAAUGUCAAUGGAAAUUGUAAGAAUUUGAUUGUUCCUCGUGAUAACUGUACUAUUCCUCAUGAUGAUGAUAAUAACUUGGCUUGGUAUAUGCCAUGUCGUCUUUUUGAUCAAGAUGGUUCUACUGCUCCAAAUAUGACUGAAGAAUAUUAUGCUGGUUACGCAUGUCACACCAGUCCAACUGCUCGUCAAGCUUAUUAUAAUUUAAAAGUAGCCGGUGAUGUGUAUUUCACUUGGGAUGAUAUUAGAAACUCUUCAAGAAAUUUGGUUGUCUAUUCUGGAAAUGUUUUGGAUCUUAAUUUAUUGGAUUGGAUUCAAAGUGAUGAUGUUACUUACCCAGAUUUAUUUACUAAAUUGAGAAAUGAUAACACUUAUCAAGGGUUGGAUAUUUCUUUAGUUUUAACUGACGCACAUGAACGUCAAGCUGCAAGAUGUUUAUCGGAAAUUAUCAAAGUUGGAACCGUUGACUCUGAUACUAUUGGAUGUAUUGCAUCUCAAAUUGUGUUGUAUGUUUCUUUGGUUUUCAUUUUAUCGGUUGUUUUUGUCAAGUUCGUUAUGGCCUUGUGGUUUAGAUGGGUUACUUCCCAAAAGCAGGGUGCUACUGAAUACGAUAAAAGAUCUAUGGCUUCAAGAAACAAGGAUAUUGAAAAUUGGACACGUAAUGAUAACAUGGCCAUUGGUGAUCAAAUCAAAACUGUCCCUGUUAAAGCUCGUGCAAAUUAUCGUGCUGCUAAAACAAAUAGACAAAAUGUGUUUAACCGUGCUCAAAAGUUAUCCCUUGCUCCUACCAGUGAUUUAUCCCAAUAUUAUGAUAACCCAGAAGCUCUUUCUAAAACAUUUAGAUACACAACCAUGUCCACUCAAGCGGCACUUUUAGGUCGUCAAGGUUAUAAAAAGGGUGGUCAUAAUACUAGAAAGCAAUCUACUCUUUAUUUGACCGACCAAGGAUCAUCUACUGAUUUGUUGAAUAGACCAAUGAGUACUUUCAAUCCAUUUGACGGAAUGGAUGGUUAUCCUAUCCAUGGGUUAUCUCCUGAUAUUAUCCAUCCUGAUAUUAUUCCUCAACCACCUGUUGAAUAUCAGCCAUUUGCAUAUCCUCUUGUUCACACUAUGACUUUAGUUACAUGUUAUUCUGAAGAUGAAGAAGGUAUUAGAACUACCUUGGAUUCUAUUGCUACUACUGAUUAUCCAAAUUCUCACAAGUUGAUUGUGGUUAUUUGUGAUGGUAUUAUUAAGGGUUCUGGAAAUGAUGAAACUACCCCAGAUAUUGUAUUGGGAAUGAUGCAAGAUUUGACUAUCCCCAAGGAUGAAGUUAAGGCUUAUUCUUAUGUUGCUGUUGCUCAAGGUAGUAAGCGUCAUAAUAUGGCCAAGGUUUAUGCUGGUUUCUACAAGUACGAUGACGAUACUAUUCCUCAAGAUAAACAACAACGUGUUCCUAUGAUUACUAUUGUUAAAUGUGGUGCUCCUGAAGAAGCCGGUGCUGCCAAGCCUGGUAACAGAGGUAAGCGUGAUUCUCAAAUUAUUUUGAUGUCAUUUUUACAAAAGGUUGUAUUUGAUGAAAGAAUGACUAGUUUGGAAUACGAAAUUUUACAAAAUAUUUGGCGAGUCACUGGGUUGAUGACAGAAUUUUAUGAAAUUGUUCUAAUGGUUGAUGCCGAUACUCGAGUUUAUCCUGAUUCUUUAACUCAUAUGGUUGCUGAAAUGGUUAAGGAUCCUCUGAUUAUGGGAUUGUGUGGUGAAACAAAGAUUUCCAACAAGCUUCAAUCGUGGGUUACUGCCAUUCAAGUUUUUGAAUAUUAUAUUUCACAUCAUCAAGCCAAGGCGUUUGAAUCUAUCUUUGGUGGGGUUACUUGUUUACCAGGUUGUUUCUGUAUGUAUAGAAUCAAGGCUCCAAAGGGUUCAGAUGGGUAUUGGGUUCCUAUUUUGGCCAAUCCUGAUAUUGUGGAAAGAUAUUCUGAUAACGUUGUUGAUACUUUGCAUAGAAAGAAUUUGUUGUUGUUGGGUGAAGAUCGUUAUCUUUCAUCAUUGAUGUUGCGUACUUUCCCCAAGAGAAAGCAAGUUUUCGUACCCAAGGCUGCAUGUAAGACUAUUGUUCCUGAUAAGUUUAAGGUGUUGUUAUCCCAACGUCGUAGAUGGAUUAACUCCACUGUGCAUAAUUUAAUGGAAUUGGUUUUGGUUAAUGAUUUAUGUGGUACAUUCUGUUUCUCGAUGCAAUUUGUUAUUUUUAUUGAAUUGGUGGGUACUUUGGUUUUACCAGCUGCUAUUACGUUUACCUUUUAUGUUGUUGUGGUUGCAAUUAUAUCCAAGCCUACUCCAAUUAUGUCCCUUGUCUUAUUGGGUGUUAUUUUUGGUCUACCUGGGUUACUUAUUGUGAUUACAAUUUCUUCAUUGUCAUACAUUUUUUACUUUUUCGUUUAUCUUUUUGCCUUGCCAAUUUGGAACUUUGUUUUGCCAAGUUAUGCCUUCUGGAAGUUUGAUGAUUUCAGUUGGGGUGAAACCAGAACUGUUGCUGGUGGUGAUAAAGGAGACCAUUCUACCGUGGAAGGUAAGUUUGAUCCAAGUAAGAUUGUUAUGAAGAGAUGGCGUGAAUGGGAACGUGAUCGUCGUAAUGAUGAAAGCAGAAUGUUGGCAGGAGCAGUGGGGAAUAAUUUGAGUAUUCCUUCGGCUGCCUGGAAUCCUGCAAAUUCAAAUGCAGACCAAGUUAAGGAAGAUUAUUCACAAUAUUCUUCAUCGGGAUCAAAUUAA